AUGUUCCUGAAAUGGGACGCUGUCACACUUAACAAGGACAAUCACGAAAUCAUCCACGAGGCCGGCUACUCCGAGGAGGAGUGUAAACAGUACAGAGUGGUGGUGUACAGCAACACCAUCCAGUCUAUCAUCGCCGUCAUCAGAGCCAUGGGACACCUAAAGAUAGACUUUGAGGACGCGGCACGAGCGGACGAUGCUCGUCAGCUGUUUGUAUUGGCUGGUACAACGGAGGAGGGUGUGAUCUCAUCAGAUCUAACCGGUGUGAUACGGAAACUGUGGACGGACAGCGGGGUCCAGACCUGCUUCCUGCGCUCCAGAGAGUACCAGCUCAACGACUCAGCCUCCUAUGACUAUGACCUGGUGCUGGCAGAGACGAAGAAGAUGGUGAGAAGGAGGAGGGGUAGCAGGGAGGGUGGAGAGAGGAUGAGGGGUGCUGAGCGGAGGGUGGUGACGGCCAUAUAUUUCUUUGGUGGUCUUCGUCAUGACUAUGCGUGGUGCUGGCAGAGGAACGAAGAGAUGGGAGGAGAAGAGGAGGGGAGAGGGAGGCGAAUAGGAGAGCGGAUGCAGGGGUGCGGGGAGAACCGUAUGCAUGAGAGCAUGAAGCUGUUUGACUCCAUCUGCAACAACAAGUGGUUCACAGACACCUCCAUCAUCCUCUUCCUCAACAAGAAGGAUCUGUUUGAGGAGAAGAUCGCCAGGAGUCCACUCACCAUCUGUUACCCCGAGUACGCAGGAGCCAGUACAUAUGAGGAGGCAGCAGCCUACAUCCAGUGUCAGUUUGAGGAUCUGAACAGGAGGAAGGGCACUAAAGAGAUCUACACCCACUUCACCUGCGCCACCGACACCAAGAACGUCCAGUUCGUGUUCGACGCCGUCACAGACGUCAUCAUCAAGAUCAACCUCAAGGAGUGUGGACUCUACUGAGGGGGGACCAGGGAUCUUCAGGUGUCUGGUGGACCGUGAGCCUCGUGGAAGGGGGUGAUGAUAUGAGAUGACUUGGGACAUUUGCAUUAGAUGAUCGUGGAAGUAGAAGAAGAUAAUGGGAAGUAGAACCAGCGAUUGAGACUGUUGGUUGCCAUGCUGAAUACAGAGGAUGAUGAAUACUGCAUUUUGGGAUUGUUUCUGUUUUUACCACUUUUAUUUUUCUCCCAUGUUCAACCCUCUGAUACACUGAGCUCAGGACAGAACUGAACUGUGGGGAAAAACCUUAAGCAGUGAAAUAUAGUCACUGUGACUUCUAUGGGAACUGCCAAGUCAGACUACAGAAUACUUGUUUUUAGUUCCAGAUCAUUUACACUGAACAAAAAUAUAUAAACGCAACAUGUGAAGUGCUGGUCCCAUGUUUCAUGAGCUGAAAUUUAAGAU